AUGUCUGGCCAGCAGCAACACUUCUACCCGCCUCCUCCCGGCGCAGGCGCAGGACAAGCACCACCGCCCCAGCAGCAGCAGCAAUACGCUCCUCCUCCCCAGCAGUAUCAAUCGCCGCCCCAGCAGCAUCAAUAUGCGCCGCCUCCGACUUCACCUCCCGCGAACCAGACACAGUUCUACCCUCCUCCCCAGGGAACGCCGGGACAAGCGCCUAGCUAUGCUCCUCCGCCCCAGCAUACGCCGUCUCCCCAGAUCCAACAGCCCUCGCCGGGCCAUUAUCCCCCUCCUCCCGGGAGCCAGCCUCCCCAGCAUCAGCAUUCGCAAUCGCAGCAGCUGAACUUGGCUGUGCGUCCAGCGGCGACUCCCGACUCUGGCCACUACCAACAGCAACAGCAGCAUCAGCAACAAGCACCGCCUCAGUUUUCUCCUCCUCCGUUCCCUCAGCAGCAGCAGAAUGCUCCGUAUCCCCAGGAGAAGCCGCCCGUUCAGACAGCACCAACCCAGGCCGGUGGAGCUCCACCGCCGACCAACUUUGUUGGGGCUGUCGCGACGACCGAUGAUGUUGGCACCUUUAAUGGAGGAAGCUAUCGCAUCAGCCAUCGGGAUACUAAUACGAUUUUGACUGUCCAGUUGGCCAUGGGCGCCCCAUUGCAUGCAAAGCCAGGUGCCAUGGUCGCCAUGUCUCCCACAAUCACCCUCAAGGGUAAUGUCAAGUUCAGCGUCAAGAAGAUCAUUGCAGGCGGAGAGCUCGCAAGCUCUACUUACACAGGGCCGGGAGAGCUCAUUCUCGCGCCCGCCUCUUUGGGAGACAUUACGAGCAUAAGAUUGAGCGGCAAAGAGCAGUGGUCGGUGGGACACGAUGCCUAUUUGGCCUCUACUCAGGCUGUCGUCAAAGACUACAAGAGACAAGGUCUGGGCAAGGCCAUCUUCAGUGGCGAGGGUCUGUUUGUCUACAAGAUAUCUGGAACUGGUCUGCUCUGGGUUUCGAGUUUCGGCGCUAUCAUUAGGAAAGAUCUUCAACAAGGCGAAAAGUACAUUGUAGAUAACGGUCAUCUUGUGGCGUGGAAUACCAGCUACGUCCUGGAACGUGUAGCUUCUGGCGGCAUUAUCUCUGGCCUUUCCUCCGGAGAAGGCCUUGUUUGCAAGUUUACUGGUCCCGGCACCGUCUUCCUGCAAACCAGAAACCCAAGAGAGUUUGCCGCCUUUAUCGGCGGCAUCGCUCCCCAGAACGCCUAA